AUGUUGACGAGCAAGGAGACCGACGUUUUGGGCCAUCCAACUCUAAAACUAACUGGAGUGGAACAAUUAAAGCCACCUGGAUCCGACUCCAACUAUCUAGAUUGGAGUUGGAUCCUUGAGAUCCAUUUUGCGGCAACGGACGUCGACUACAUUAUCAAUGAUAAACCGGAAGUUGCAAAGUCCAAGGCCUCUUUUGCCCGCAAAAAUAAAGCUGUAUGCGGAAUAAUCUUGCAAACUAUCCAUCCCGCCAACAUUCCUAAUGUGCAACACCUAAAAAACAAUACCCGCGGGCUUUGGGACUCGCUUAAGAAGGCUCACCAAGACUCCUCCGCUGGAGGAGUCAUGUACUGGCUCCAAAAGCUCACAAUAUCCCGAAUGGUCGACAACGAUCUUCCAACUCACCUAGAUGAAAUGGCCAAGACGUUUGAACGUCUCAGCGCACUCAUCACCACCAAAUCACCUCUAACCCCAGACAAUAUAUAUCCAACAUCAAUCCUUGAUGAGCUAGACAGGGACUGA